AUGUCCCUCUCACUACCAUCACUGGGACCUUUCCUUUUUUCUUUUUUCUUCCCCCUCUUCUUUCUGUGUUUGGUUAGAAGUGGAUAUGAGAUCAUUCCGUGUUUAAUUAUCUCUCUCUAUGUACCUCUCUCUCUCUCUCUCUGUACCUCUCUCUCUCUCUCUCUGUACCUAUCUCUAUGUACCUCUCUCUCUCUGUACCUAUCUCUAUCAAGUUUUGCGGUGAAAGCUCGUGCAGUCAAAGAUCAUUAUAACAGUUAUGACAUUCAGGGCCUUGUCUUUAAAGAAGGUGAAAGCAUUAAGUUUUUUUUUCCUUCUCACCUUAAUUUCCUUCAUUUUCUCUUUUCUGCAUUCCCAGAGGUUUUUUUCCUCACAUUCUUUUUUCAUUCAUUUUUUUUUUUUUCGCCUUCUCUUUUUUCCAUCCAGAGUUUUCUUUCUCUUUGUCUUUUCUCCUUUUUCUCUUCCCUUUUCUCCGUUUUCCUUUUCUUCUUUUUCCAUUCCUGCUUUUUUACUUUUUUUGAACUUUCUGUCCUUCAUUUCCUCUUUUAUUCAAAUUUUCAUUCAUGUCUAUCUUCUUUCACUUGCUCAUCAAUUCUUAUAAUGCAAUACUAUCUAAGCAAAGGAAUUAUCUACGUUUUAUUACUCUACUCCUGUUUCUGCCACCAUUUCCCCCCUCCCAUUUUUUCUCCUUUUUUUUAUUAUCCUUUUUAUAUAAUUUCUCUUCUCCUCAUCACACCAUUGAUUUCUCACCUCCUUGAUUUCCCACUUAUUAUCAUUCUCUUUUGCUCCUCCUCCCAAUUCAUUUUUAUUUUGUCUCUCUCUCUUGUCUUUCCUCCUACCACCAUUCUUUUUAUGUUAUCCUCUUCUCUCCAUCUGAAUUUUACUUUCCCCUAUCAUUUUAUCUUCUCUGCUAUUGAAUCUUCACCUCAUCAUCCUCUCUCUCUCUCUCCUAAUACCAUUCCCCUUUGCCACCACCUAUCCUUCUCUCUCUCCCCCCUUUUCUUUCUAUCUUCCCCUUCUCUCUAUCCCAUUUCUAUUCUCUUUCUCUCAUUCCUACACUGCAUCUCUCUUUCUUUGCCUUUCUCUUUCUCCUCUCAAUCUGGCUUUACAUCUCUCUCUCUCUUUGGCUUCUUUGCUUCUUUCUCUCUCUCUUUGGCUUCUUUGCUUCUUUCUCUCUUUGGUUUUUUCUCUCUCUUGGCUUCUUUGCUUCUCUCUCUCUCUUUGGUUUUUUGUUCUUCUCUUUUUUUUCUUUGCUUCUUUGGCUCUCUCUCUCUCUCUUUUAGCUUCUUUGCUUCUUUUCUCUCUCUCUUUGCUUCUCUUCUUUCUCUCUCUUUGGCUUCUUUGCUUCUCUCUCUCUCUCUUUGGCUUUUUCUUCUCUCUCUCUCUCUCUCUUUUUCUUUGGCUUCUUUCUCUUUUGGUUUCUUCUCUCUCUCUCUCUCUGGCUUUUCUCUCUCUUUGGCUUCUUUUGCUUCUCUCUCUCUUUGGUUUUCUUUGCUUCUCUCUCUCUCUCUCUCUCUCUUUGGCUUCUUUGCUUCUCUCUCUCUCUCUUUUUUUUGCUUCUCUCUCUCUCUUUGGCUUCUUUUUCUCUCUCUCUCUUCUCUCUUCUCUCUCUCUCUUCUUUCUUUCUCUCUCUUCUUCUUUGCUUCUCUCUCUCUCUCUUCUUUGCUUCUCUCUCUCUUUGGCUUCUUUGCUUCUCUCUCUUUGCUUCUUUCUUCUCUCUUUAGCUUCUUUUCUCUCUCUCUUCUUUGGCUUCUCUCUCUCUCUUUUUGGCUUCUUUGCUUCUCUCUCUCUCUUUGGCUUCUUUGCUCUCUCUCUCUUUUGGCUUCUUUGCUUCUCUCUCUCUUCUUUGGCUUCUUUGCUUCUCUCUCUCUCUUUUGCUUCUUUGCUUCUCUCUCUCUCUCUCUCUUCUCUUCUCUUUGGCUUCUUUGCUUCUCUCUCUCUCUUUGGCUUCUUUGCUUCUCUCUCUCUCUUUGGCUUCUUUGCUUCUCUCUCUCUCUCUUUGGCUUCUUUGCUUCUCUCUCUCUCUUUGGCUUCUUUGCUUCUCUCUCUCUCUUUUAG